AUGGAAGAACAGAAAACCAUUGUUAAGGUUGUAAUAGUUGGUGACGCAGAUGUAGGGAAAUCUUCUAUUGUCAUUAGAUAUGCUGAAGGCCAGCACAAUCCUAACAUUAGUCCAACAUUAGGAGCUGCAUGCUUAGAAAAAGAAGUGUUUUAUUCUGGACAAACAUAUGUUCUCAGUAUGUGGGAUACGGCUGGCCAAGAGGCCUAUCGAAAUUUAGUACCUAUGUACUUCAGAAAUUCUCAAAUUGCUAUAAUUGUAAUAGAUGUCACAACUUCAAAGCUUGUAUCUAGUUUUGAAUAUUGGUACUCGCUUAUACAGGAAAAUUGUGAAGAAAACAUCCCGAUUUUACUGGCUGCUAAUAAAAUUGAUAAAACAGACGAAAGAAUUAUUUCCAAUGAUGACCUUUCAGCACUGGUCGCCAAGUAUUCGAUUCCAUUUUUCGAAACUAGUGCCGUCACAGGAGUCGGAAUCUCAAGUUUAUUUGAACAAGCACUAUCAGAAUUCUUUAAAAAAGGAGUUUCAGCUUCGCAAAAUGUCGAUGUUAAAAAACUACAAGAAAAACAAUCGGGCUGCUCUUGCUAA